CAGGAAUAGACAUUGUAUCACUUAUCAUUAGUAACACUGGCUUUAUCAAUAAAGGCAGAGACUCAUAUAUUCGAAAAAAAUAUACAGAUUUAAUGAUGUUUUAGUGAAAUGAAUAAUUAUCAUCAUUUUCUUUUAAUCCAUUCUUGACAUACAGCGACAUGUACGUAAAAUGAAAAAAAGGGUUAAAAUAAAAUAAAGACACAGGAACUGGCCAUGCAAAGCUCCUGGCUAGCCAAUCUUGGCAACCUUGGCAGCCACACAGACAUGUAUUAACAGAUCCACAAUCUUUUUUACUUUGUUUCCUUAAUAUUAUAUUUCAUUAUUUGUUUAAUCACAAUUUGUUUAUUUAUUAUAUAGCUUUCUAAAUGAAAUAUUGUUAUUUUUUCACUUUUAGAAUUAUAAUUAACAGUAUACAAUAAUCAGGUCAGACAAAGGAUCCUCAUUAUAUUCUGGUUUCAAUCUAAAAAAGUGAAGCAAACAUUAAACAACACAAAAUAUCCCUACAUCAAACAUUACACAAAAUAUCCCUACCAGGGUUAAAUAUCAAUUCACAAAAACACACAGUUUUAUUAAGUCACUUUAUUAACGAAUUUGAACUACAGGUCGUGAUAUAAAUACAAAAUACAAACCAAUCAUUUGCAUCAUUGAAUUUGGUUAUAAAACAUUUUAUUUUCUGGAUUUACAUUGUAUGUGUGUGUCAGUCACAUAAUAUAGAAACUCCUCUCCUGGCUGUGAAAGAGUUAAAGGCCGGGCUAUAUUUCACCCCAAAUACUCAAUGACGUGUGCGUGUGAUAUUUGGGUAUAUUUGUUAUUAUUGGAACGUACUGCUAGUGUAUUUGCAAUGUGAAAAGCCUGUCACUUGUUUUGUUCUGUUAAAGAACGCUGUGCAAUAAACCUGUGGGAAUUAUAUGUUAAAAACCAAAUAAAUAUGAAAUAUCUGUGACAUCUGUCAAUAAGCCCACAGUCCUACAGAACUGAGAAUAUGGGAAUUCAUACACCCAGAGCUAAAUCACUUAAAAAUAUCAAAUACAAAGAAAUAAAAAUGAAUUCUAUAAUAUUAUAGUCUGACUUCAGCUGUCCUGAGCUCCCAACAUUUAUUUGCUAAAUAGAAACUGGUAUUUCUCUGAACUGAGUCUGCCAAGAAGCAUUUUUUUUUAAAAUUGUUAUAUUUAUUUAUUUAUGUAUCUAUAGAAUGUACAAAAAAUAUACAAAACUGCCAUUGUGAAACAACAACUUUUAAAUUAUUUAGUAUUUGGUUAUUAUUUAGUGUGUUCUGAUUUUAUUAUAUUUUGUGCGAAUAUUUGUAAAUAUUUAAAUUGUUGUUAUCUGUGUGAGUGUACAUAAAAACGUAAAAAAACAGAAAUAAAAUAAAAUUAUAUAUAUACAGAGAGAGAGAAAUGUAUUUAUACCAUUCUACCUACAUAUGGCAUCAAAGUGUUUUGUAUGGUAAUAUCCGAUAUAGUUUUAGAACACUUCCAUUUUACUAGUUUUUUUUUAAAUGUAAGCAGUUCACAUUGGUUGAAUAACCUGAAAUGUUACAAGGUAAUCAGUAGCCUGUAUGAAGUUAAACACAGACUAAUAAAAUGAUAAAUAAGGUCCUAGUCAGCAUUCUUUGAAGUAAUGGGUUAACAUGCAGCUAUUUUGCAGCAAUGGAAGUAAAUUAGGCCUCAAAACAUGACAAGCAAUUCCUACAGGUGUCCCAGAAUUGUUGAUCAUUCACAAACCCUGUGUCUGUAUAAAAGCAGUGUUAGAACAGUCGGUCUUACUACACACCUUCUUGGCAUUAUUUGGACAGUACCGUACUGUGUGAGCUAUUGUAUUGCCUGAUAUUGCUGUGAUAAUGGCGAGAAAAAGGCAAUUAACAGAGGGAGACAGACAAACCAUUAGAACCCCUUAACGCUUUAAGGACCAAACUUCUGGAAUAAAAGGGAAUCAUGACAUGUCACACAUGGUAUGUGUCUUUAAGGGGUUAAAGUGCAGGUAUUUCCUUCAGAGAAAAUGCAAAGAAUACCGAGGUGUCGGCGAGCACUUUCCUUCAUCAUCAAGAGGCAGGAGGAAAGUGAAGGGAACUCAGACAGGAAGAGGCCUGGCAGACCGAAAGCCACAGCAGAAUCAAACAACGAGUUUCAGAGAGGCAGCAGCUUGUGCGAUGGGGGUCUCGCAGCCCGGAACGCUGCUCGGAUUACUCGAGUCUCGCUUUCCACUGACAAAAAAAAACGACGAGCCGUACGUUACGCAGGUUCGGUUACAAAAAACCCAUUGCUAACGUGGCAAUAUAAGAAAAAGAAUUGCCCGGUCUAUGAAGCACCGCCCGUGGACUACUAAACCCUGGAAGCAGGCCUUAUUAUUAUUAUUAUUAUUUUAUUAUUUAUAUAGCGCCAGCAAAUUCCGUAGUGCUGUAUUAUGGAGCAACGGGUCAAAAUACGAAACCUUUGGUUCAUCUCGCAGGGUUUUUGUGUGAGCGGCAUCGAAAGAAUGCUUCCCCAUUGUUUAACGCCAACUGGGAAUAACAAAGCUCAGGGGUUCUUCUGCUGAAUCCAGAGUCGUCGACUUGCACAGACUGAGUGGCACCCUGCACCAAAUAUUGUUACCACAGCCUAAAGCAGCGCCAUGCAGAAUGAUCUGGUAAAGGCCUAGUCAGUCACGGAUUUAUCCUAAAAGUCAAAUAAUGACCCCAAACAUACCUCCAGGCUGUGUCAGAACUACUUCAGUAGAAAAGAACUAGGCAGUAGGCCUCAAAUUGAGAAUUCAGGCUUAAACCCCAUCGAGCUACUCUGGGGGGACUGGAUAGAAGAGUGAAAGCAAAGCAAUUCUAAUGGGCAAACCAUAUGUAGAACUUGGGCGGCAGUGUUGGGAAUAAUUUCCCCCAAAUAAUAUGUGAUUUCCAUUGUAAAAAGAAUGACGCAAGGGUUUUCGAUUUGUUAUUUCUGAUAAAUGUUGUCUACGUUUGAAUCAGCCAUUUAGGUUACAAAUUGUUACACAUAAACAAAAAAAUCCAUAAUUUCUCUUUUAUCUCAAUUUCUUUUCUUUUUUUUUUUUUUUAAAUGUAUUCUGUGCUUUAAUAUCACACUACUUUUAUCAGUAAGAACUGGAAAAAUUAAGGUUCUAAAAGUUUUGACUAAUAGUGUCUGUGUGUGUCUGUACAUAUUUGUUCUAGUGUGUAUAUAGAAAAAAAAUUUUUCCCUAAUUUUAAAUUAAUUUUCUUGCAUGUUCACAACCAAAUAGAAAUUUAUAUUUUGAAUAAUAUAAUCUAAAUUACAUGUUAUUUGGGAAUUAUUAAGGCUGCGCUGUGAUUGCAAUGAUUUUUUUAAAAUAAUAUUCUCCCCACUUCAGCAAUACACAUGCCACCUCUAAAUAAAUGUUUUUGUAUUGGAAAAAAACAAAGAAAAAAAAAACUAUGUACAAUUGUAUGUUUUCAUUCUAAAUGUUCUUUUCUUUUUUUUAUCUGUAUAAAAUAAUGUGCAUUCUUUUGUAGCACUAUAUCAUUUAUUUUACUUUUUGUCUAUAAAAUUUAUUUUGAAAAUUCAAAAGAGUAAAUAUAUUAAAAUUGAUUUUCAGUGCAAACCCACUCAUGUUCGGAUUUAUUUAAAGUGUAAAGAUGUUGAGAUAUAUUUUAGCCUCUUCCCUGCAAUUUUAAUCCUCAUUAUUUUUUAAUUUAUUGAAGGAAACAAAUCGCUAGUUUGUUAUAAUGCCACUUUAUUAUGAACAAUCACAGGAAAUGAAGCAAAACUGUGAUUUAAAAAAAUUGUAACACUAUUUAAAUAGGAUUAAUUUAAAAACAUGCUGAGAAGGGGAAAAAAAUCAGAUUUUAAAAUGUGUUGUUAAUUGGGUAAAAAUAUUUUUAGAUUAUUUUAAGGGAUUGGGUUGUACUAGAUAAUGUAUCACUUGGGAGAAUAAUGUCCCUGACCUUGUUACAAGUUUGUAAUUUUGAAACGACUUUUAAAACCAAUAAUAAUAUAUUUAAUUCUGAGUUGAAAUAUAUAAUCCACUUUAGUGUGUGUUAUACACUAUUACCCUUUCUGUAUAUUCUCUUUGAAUUUUAGCUAUUUCUAUAUAUUUUACAUGAAUAUUUUUUACAAUAUAAAUUUUAUUUUAUUGAGAAAAAUCAGAGUAAAACAUUUUUUGUUUCUUAAUAUUAUUUUCUACAAUAAAGAAUAUAGAGCAUUGACAUAGAUAUUACACAGAUGUGUGUUUAAAUAUAUAUAGAUACAUAAAAUCACACAUUUAUUAUAAUGUUAGAUAUCAGAUUUAAAUUCACUUGUUGUAGCUCUAAAGCAAUCUACAAAAGUUUAUUAUUAUUAUUCCUAUUUUAUUAUUAUCUAUUUGUUUUUAAAAACAUUUCUGUCUGCACCUGGGAUUAAAUAAUGGAGAAAAAUAAUCUCUUGCUACAAGGAAUUAUUCGGGGGAGGGGGAGGGGAAUAAAUGUUAUAUUUAUUUUGUUUGUUUUCUUGUAAGGCCAGCUUAUUAUAUUAUUAAAAAGACAAUUCUCUCAACUAAUAAUAACAAUCUUGCAAUGACCAAGUUAAUGCUAAUUUUAGACUAAUUUGAGAAAAGGGUUUAAUAAAAUGUUAUUUAAAAAAAUCCUUAUUUAGCAUGAGAUAUUAUUAAUAGUACAUCACUAUUAUUGGCAUGACUCUAAUCUGGGAGAUUUUAUAUUUAGUGUAUAUUAUAUAUGUGUGUGGCUAUAUAUAUAAAAAGAGAGAGCAAACCAUAUAUGUAAAAUGCGUGGGUAAAUAAUAUUGUUUAUUCAAUAUAUAAAUAUUUUGUUAUGAAGUGUAAAUGUGACUAGUUCCAUCAUUAAUUAAAUUAAUGAUUUUUUUUUUUUUAACGAUUACAAAUGUUUUGCAAUGUAGUAGCAUUUCAUUUUAAACAGUGUGGACCCCAAUCUCACUUUACGCAGUUUAUACACUGGCUACCCCAAUCUCUGUUUAUACAAUACUUAAAUGUAUCUACCUAAAUUAUGUCCAUGAAUAUUGCCAGACUGUGUGCUUUACACAUUUCUCCCUGAUUUUUAUUUUUUAUGGUUCUUAUUAUAUUAUUGAACCUACAGAAUUUUAAUAUCCUAAUCCCUCCUACUUUUAUGUCAGAUCUGAACUGGGUGAUUGUUAAUAAAGUGGGCACCUACCUGCAGUGGUAAGGUCCUGUAACCUGGGCACAAUAGAUUAUUAUUUUUUUGUUAGGUUUUGUUUUUUAUUAAGUAAAAGAUGGGGUGCAGCACGUGGAAGGGGGAGCUGGGUUUUAGAACCAUCUGAUGAGCUCCAAAUAUUCAAGCCUUGGAUCUUCUUCUCAAUGAGAGUCCUUCUUCAGGAUCACACUGAACGUUAAUGGGGGUUGGUUGGUUGGUUGAAGGGAGGGGGAUAAUCCACCAGCCCCCAUCCCCCUCUCUUCCUCCUUCCCCUCCACCAUUCUGAGAAGUCUCUUAUUGUUCUUGCAAAUUGGUCCUUGCUGUGUCCCCUCCCCCAAAUCCCACAGAUUGUGAGCAGCCCUGGGGCUCAUUCCUUCUGUGGCCAGGACCUCCAGCUCUCUCUCCUUCACCCCUCACCCCCUUGGAAGCAGGCAGCAUACAGUGGGCAUUGCUGGUAGGAGGGCAUUGUGCCCUCUGUCCUGACAUUCAGCUCCUGGCCUCCAUAAAAUCCCAGGCAAGGCUGGAGGGUCUCCUGUCCUGGAAGGGGUCUUCCUGGGGUCCAUGGGCUCCUUGUGGGCUCCUAGAUCCAGCAGCUUUGCAGGACUUUCUCCAGGGAAGACUUGUACACCUACCUGAAUGGCUGGUGCUGUGACAGAUCUGUGAGCUGCUCCUGGCUACAUGUAGGGCGGCUGGGAGACAGCAGAGGCUGAGCUAGCUUGGCUGGGAGG